UGUCAGCAGGGGCGGACUGACCAUUUGGAAACUCGGGCACUGUCCAAGGGCCCAGGGUCAGUAGGGGGCCCCAUGAGAUGCCCCUGGUACCUUUUUCAUAGGCUUUUUUGAGUUAUGGCAAGGACACAGGGGCCCCAUGAUCCCCUAUUGCCCGGAGGCCCCAUGAGUUGUCAGUCCGCCCCUGGCAAAAAUGAAAGAAAAUCCCACAUUUUGGGUUGUCACCAGAACUGUAAUAGAUGGGAAAUCUUCAAAAUGGGUACACUAGUUGUGGUGACCCUGAUUAUCUCACUUUGGGGGGAUUUCCUCUCACUUCCUGUUUUGGCUAUGGGACAGGAAGUGAAGGGAAAUCUCCCC